AUGGCUACAGUGCGGGUAUGUGUCUGCGGUGACGAGGGCACGGGAAAGUCCAGCCUGAUCGCCUCUCUCGUCAAGGACGUCUUCGUCGCGAACAAGAUCCAGUCCGUCCUGCCACAGAUCACCAUCCCACCGACCAUCGGUACCCCAGAAAACGUCACCACGACCAUCGUCGACACGUCCGCCCGACCACAGGACCGCAACACGCUGCGCAAGGAGAUUCGAAAGUCCAACGUCAUAUUACUUGUCUACUCGGACCACUACAGCUACGAGAGGGUCGCCCUCUUCUGGAUGCCGUAUUUUAGGUCUCUCGGGGUCAAUGUGCCUGUGGUCCUGUGCGCCAACAAGUCAGACCUGACAGGGGAUGACAAUACAGCACAGAUCGUGGAUGACGAGAUACUGCCGGUCAUGCACGAGUUUCGAGAGAUUGACUCCUGCAUCAGGACAAGCGCUCGAGAACACAGGAACGUGAACGAGGUCUUCUUUCUCUGUCAGAAGGCAGUGACACAUCCGAUCGCGCCCCUCUUCGACUACAAGGAAGGGAAUCUGAAGCCGGCGUGUGUCUCGGCUCUGAAGAGGAUUUUCUACCUAAGCGACAAGGACCAGGACGGCUAUCUCAGCGAUGAGGAGAUGCACGAUUUCCAGGCCAAGGCAUUCGAGAGGCCACUGUCACCAGAGGACCUCGAGAACAUCAAGCUGACCGUCAGCAAGAUGUCGCCAAGGUCGAAUACCGGAAAAGGCAUUGACCUUGCAGGAUUCCUCCGCCUGAACAAAAUGUAUGCCGAGAAGGGCCGCCACGAGACGAUAUGGAUUAUACUGCGAAAGCACCACUACACCGACAGUCUCAGCCUGGAGGACAGCUUCCUGCACCCUAAACUCGACGUUCCGGAGUAUGCCUCAGCAGAACUGAGCCCCGCGGGAUAUCGGUUCUUUGUAGACAUGUUUCUACUCUUCGACAAGGACAACGACGGAGGGCUGAACGAUGAGGAGUUAGCAGCGCUCUUCACGCCCACGCCUGGCCUACCGCAGUCAUGGAUGGAUUCAGCUUUCCCAUCGUCCACCGUACGGAACGAGGCCGGACACGUUACGCUCCAGGGAUGGCUCGCGCAGUGGAGCAUGACCACCUUUCUCGAGCCGAAGACAACACUUGAAUACCUAGCAUAUCUCGGUUUCGAGGCAUCCAACCCCAAGGAGUCGACAUCGAGUGCUCUGAAGGUGACGAAACCACGAAAGAGAAGACGGCGCCCCGGCCGCGUCGAGCGCAAUGUUGUCCUCUGCUAUGUACUCGGCGGCGCUGGGGCAGGCAAAUCCUCCCUCCUGGAUGCCUUCCUCAACCGGCCGUUUGCUCCCCUUUACCACCCAACCAUCAAGCCGCGGCGUGCGGUGAACAGCGUCGAGCUUCAGGGCGGCAAGCAAUACUAUCUAAUCCUGGAGGAGCUGGGGGAGCUGGAACCCGCCAUCCUGGAGAACCGCGCUCGCCUCGACGCGUGUGACCUCAUCUGCUACACGUAUGACUCGUCGGACCCAGACUCGUUUUCGCACAUUGUCGAUCUGCGGAGCAAGCUCCCGCACCUGGACGAAAUGCCUUCGAUCUACGUGGCCCUCAAAGCCGACAAGGACAAGACGACGCAGCGCUGCGAGUCACAGCCAGACGUUUACACGUCCAGCCUGAUGAUGCCGACGCCGCUGCAUGUCAGUGUCACAUGGAACAGCAUCAGUGAGCUGUUUGUCGCGCUGGCGGAGGCGGCGACGAACCCGUCCACGGCAUUCCCCAAGAGUGAGGAGCCUCCUCCGGAUAUGACCAGUCUGUACGUGGCACUGGGAGCGACGGCGUGUGCUGGUCUGGCGGCGCUGAUCAUCUGGCGGCGGUCGACGAGCUCGGCAUAG